UGAAUAUUAACAUAUUAAACUCGGUAAAAAAACAAUGGUGAUUAUGGCUGUAAAAGUGUUCUUAUUUUCUGCUUUCCUUGUAACUGCCGAAUGUUUCAUCAGGGUAAAUAAUUACGAAAAUUCUGUAUACAUAGCCAAAGGUCCCUCAGGUUUCCAGAAAGCACCUCCAUCGUUUUAUUUUGAACCAAAGGAUUAUGACAUCUUUACCGCCGAAGAUGACCAGGAAAGAACUAUAUCUGGAAAUGAAGUAAAGAAAGGUCAUUUGGUCACAUUUUACAAGUACAACAAAGAUUUCAAUCCUAUUGCCGUACUUGCAUUUUUGUUUACUGACAAUACUUAUUACAAUAUAAUACGAAGAACGAUGCUGCAAGUCUAGAUAAUGUUAUUGACUGUUAUUAUGUUCAUGAUGGGAUACUUUUUUAUCAAUUAAACAAUAAUAAAUACCAGACUGAGUAUUUUUCAUAUACGAAAUUUGUUAAUUAAUUUUAUUCCGGAUUGAUUGUUGGUGUUUAACGCCACUUUCUGCACACUUGGAUAAAUCAUUGCGGCCUGUAUUUUAGUGGAAGAAGACAGAGUGCCCAGAGACCUUCGCACUUAAACCAGCAGUCCUUUGUCAAUCAAGAUCGGAGUCGAACGCACCUUGCAACCAGCUUGGUUCGAACUCACAACCUCAUUUUUGACUGGCUAGUGUCACUGAAGAUGGACAACUAACACCACUCGACAACCACGGCUCCAACGGUAUACCGGAAAACCGUGUCUGUAUAUGAAAAUAACACAUUUUAAGUUUCGUGCGUCCAAGGCGCAUUUCUGGAUAGACUUUUACCAGGAGCGUUCAAAUAUUAAAACAUUUGAAAAGCCAAGUGUGUUUAAAAACGUUGAGAAACUUUAGGAGCUAUACAAAAAAAUGUGUCAUUAAAACAUUGAUACUUCAUCCAAAGUCAACUUUGUAUAAUAGAGUUUGAACCUUAGUUUCUUAAUAAUUUCCUAAUUCAAGAUUGAGAAAUUUAGAAUAAAGUGUAU